UCUGUCCCGGGAGUCUGCAGAAUGAGCAGCACAUUUGUGACCCUAGCCGAGGUUCUAGAGGCUAGGGGAGGUCCCCUGGAGGAAGAUGAGGUCUGGUCCCUCCUGCUGGGAUCCACAGAAACAUUGCUAGAUCUCUACCACAAAGGUCACAGUAACAUCUGCAAUAUCAUCAGUCCUGCGUCACUGCUCCUGUCAGCAACUGGCACACUAGCAUUUAGGAACUGUGCAAUGAUGGAGGAGGCACGUGCUUUCACUGCACCGGAGCUGCUCGAAGGCCACAGUCUAACCACAAAACCAGCCAUGGAGAGGAUGAUUGUAUACUCUCUUGGCAUGACUCUAUAUUGGUCAGUUGACUAUCACCUUCCUCAAAACCAACCCAUUCAGCUGAGUGACUCUCUGAAUGGCCUUCUCCUGAGCAUGUGUGAGGACAUGGCCUACCGGCGGGAAAAGCUCAGCACCAUACUGGAGACCUGUGAAUCGCAUCACAAAGCUGCACUCCUGCCCCCACCCAACAGAGUCAUCAAGGAUCUUGUGGAAAAACUUUUUUGUGACUCUGUUGACCGGUCAGUUGUCACAGAGAACAAAGUGCAGCUAAGUGGUAGAAGUCAGAUAAUCAGAGAAAGGCUACAUGGAAGGCAAGCACCAUACUCAGACUAUAUUGAAGCCAGUGGAGCUACUGCAGAGAAGCACAGACUUUUGCUGGACUCGGAGCUGUGUCAGGGAGUUUUACAUCAAGAAAAAACAUGUUCUCUUAAAAACAAACAUGUCCAGAUGCCCUACCAAGGUCUUCAGAGCAAAAUUCCACAACGAGCUCAUCACUGUGGCAGUCGUAACAGCUGGCAGUCAUGGAGCCCGUACCUUAGUGUCCCCUGCAAGGACGAACUCAAACCUCCCAGCCCCUGUACUGCUGUCAGCGAGUCUACCAUCAGCCUUACCCAAAGGAAGCCUAAGAGUCUAGGACCAGAGUUUGCAAGAAUAGUUGAUGAGCCUCAAAUCAUUUUGGAGCUUCCUGGAUCUUUAGUGUCGAAGAAAGGAAGGUCCUGCUUGUCACAGAGGGAAGUUAAUGUGGUGAUGCCUAAUCAGCAGUGUCUGGUGGUGAAGUGUGACAUCAAGUCCAGAGGAAGAGAUGUUUUCGACAUGGUCGUGGCUCAUGCUAACCUCGUGGAGCAUUUUUAUUUUGGCCUUGCUUUCCUCGAUGAUGAAGAAAUUUUCUUUUUGGACCAUGAGACAAAACUUUCCAAAGUCGCUCCAGACUCUUGGAAGAAAGUAGCAACUGCCACAUUCACCCUUUUUCUCCGUGUUAAGUUUUUUGCUGAUGACAUCUCCUUCAUAUUGCACAAACUAACUCGUCACCAGUAUUAUCUGCAGCUGAGGAGAGAUAUUCUAGAGGACAGAGUGUACUGCAGUGAGGAAACAGCUGUGUUCCUCGCUGCACUUGCCCUGCAGGCUGAGUUUGGAGACUACAUUCCUCAGGUAUAUGGAAAUAAUUAUUUUCAAAUCGAGCUGUAUAUACCAAAAAGACUGAUGGAAAAAAUUGCCCUGCCCUGUUUGAGGGAGGAGUUGCCAAGCCUGCAUGCUGUUAAUGCCCAUAUGCCAGCAGAGGAAGCAGAGAUGGAGUUUUUAAAGAUUGCACAACAACUUCCAGAAUAUGGGGUGCUGUUUCACCGAGUUGCUCGAGAGAAGAAGAUUAUUGGAGAACUGACUCUGGGGGUGUGUGCAAAAGGAAUAAUGGUUUAUGAAGUCAAAAACAACUCUCGGAUAUUAAUCCGCAGAUUCCUGUGGUCUGAAACUGAUAGUAUCUCAACAAGUCGGCGUAAGUUCACAAUACAAUGUGGCCCCAGUGGGAAAAAGCACUCCUUCCUAACCGAGAGCUCUAAGAUUGCACAAUACCUCCUGAAUCUCUGCUCGGCCCAGCACAAGUUCCACAGUGAAAUGACUUCUCGACAGAUGACCUACAGUUUAGCCUCAGAUGACAACGUAGUAAAAUAUUCUUCACCAUGGUGUGCACGCCAUGCAUGUUUGAAAAGGUUCUCAUGCUCAGAGGUUAUGCUCAAUAGCAUUGGUCUGAGCACAAUACCCACAGACUCCAUGAGCAAGUCAUGCGAUGACAUCUCAGAAAAGAUGCGACAGCAAAGACACCUGGGUGAAACCCUGCAUAUUCCUGCACCACGGGCCCUGAGCGAACUGAGGAAGUCCUGUCAGGCCUCCAGCCCACCAGACACUUUCAGGUCUCCAGUUUAUCGGAUCAUGUCCAACACCUCUCUUCAAAAGCAGGAGUCAGAGCCUUACUCCAUCUCAUGCAUGAGAGUUGACACUCCUGUUCGAACUCCCCCUGAAAGAGAAAUCAUCUGUGUAACACUGAAGAGGGAUCCUAAGCUUGGUUUUGGUUUUAUAAUAGUUGGAGAAGACAACACAGGGACGUUAGACCUGGGAAUCUUCAUUGCUUCCAUUGUACCUGACGGACCAGCUGAAAAAGAUGGAAGAAUCAGGCCAGGAGGCAGGCUCAUCUCUCUCAAUAAGACCAGUCUAGAAGGAAUACCUUUCAGUACAGCCGCUGCAAUCUUGCAGAACAGCCCAGAAGAAGUGGAGCUUAUAGUCUCUCAACCAAAACGUAUGUUAUGCUGUGUGACUAGUGGGGACCUGGGGCAGUUGCUGGAGAGAGGCUUUGACUCACAGGCUAGCCUGAACACAGAAUACAGGCCAGUCACAGAGGAGAUGGAGGAGGCCCUGUCCAACAUCCUGACGCCCAAAGCAAGAAAGAGGCUUCACAUCCCUGUUGUACGGAUUCUAGACUCUCAGCACACGUUGUCUAGGCCAACCUCCAGCACCAGCCUCUGGCCUGGUGAUCUCCUCACUGUGGAGCUCAGGAAGGUCAAUGGCAGUCUGGGCAUCUGUGUUGCUGGAGGCAUCAACACCAGUGUACAUUAUGAAGGGAUCUAUAUUAAAAGCUUGAUUCCAGGAGGAGCUGCUGAUCAAGAUGGCCAAAUACAGAUUGGUGACAGGCUGCUGGAGGUAGAUGGCUGUAACCUUCGAGGUGUCACACACAGGCAGGCUGUGGAGGUCCUGAAGAAAACUGGAGAAGUUGUGAGUCUGCUUCUAGAGAGAGAGCCCCCUGUGGCAUUGGACAUGUCCAGGUCUGCGUCCACCAUGGAGAGAUGGAAAUCUUCCUUUAAUGCACAGAGCACCACCAUGCGCCUUGGGAGAGAUGUUGCCACGGAGACACCCUUGUCUGUCAGGGCCAAGGAAUACAGUUUUGUGUCAGAUGAGAACACUCUGGAAGUGACUCUGAAGAAGAGUCUGAGUGGUUUGGGCCUUAGCUUCCACAUCAGUGAAUCCAGCCCUGAGGAAGGGAGCAUAGUUCGCAUUAAGAGACUGCUCUCCAGCCAAAUGGCUGAGGAGUGUGCCCUAUUACAAGACGGAGACAUCAUCCUGGCAGUAAAUGGAGAGCCGUUGAGAGGCCUUUCCUAUCAGAAAAUUCUACAGUUGCUGCGAGGAGGUUUCUCUGAGGUCAGGCUAUUAAUCUGCCGUCUAUCGCCAGGCCAAAUGCCAGAGAUGGACACCAACCCAAGAAGUGAUUGCCCAUUCCUGACUAAAGAGCGGCGGUCUCAGUCUUUGGAUUUACAGGCCUUGUCAAUCUCUCCAGACUUCAACGGCCUCCUCCAACAGAAGGUCUUGGCACUAAGCCAAAGGAAAGAGUGUGUUCCAGACAAAACUAUAGCUGAGCAAGUGACCCAGCACAGCCAGGUCAGCGAGCAUUACGAGACCCUAUCAGAUUCAUCAACCCCGCCCUACCCCCCAUUUCCCACAAGACAGUCAGAGGAGAGUUCUUCUGUCAAGGAGGAAACUGCUGCAGUUGCCAUGACAACCUCCAGCCCUGAGUCAGCUCCAAACUUGGCCAUAGCCACUCCUACUUUUCUAGUUCCACAGGCAGAGCAGAAAGAAGAUAUGCCCCCUUACAGUGACCUCACUGAUGACAUUGCUGGGAGUAGAUCUAGCCUCAUGGCUAAGGACCUGACUGUCUUUGCUGAUGAGGAGUACCUGGCCAUCAUCACCACUGUAGACAGUCCUCCAAGUGGCUGCCCUACCUCUACCUGCACUCAGAUCCCUCCCUUACAUUCCCCUCUUCCUCCAUAUACUCCCUCACCUGUCCCUCUUCCUUCAUCUGUUCCUGCACCUUCACCACUGCCUUCAUCUCUUCCAGUACCUUCCAGCCCUCCUAACCCUCCCCCAAUCCCAGGACAGUCAGCCCCAGAUACCACAUCAGGCCAGGUUACAACAAACAUAAGCAAUGGCUGGGACUAUGAGGAGGAGGAGGAAGAAGAGGAGGAUGAAGACCCUAGAAAGUAUGUUUUGAAGGAGUUUGAGCUGACAGUAACACUCUCUAAAUCACGGAGCGGCAGUUUUGGGUUCACCAUCACCAGGAGUAAACUGGAUAGCUGCUAUUAUAUACAGGAUGUCCUGGAUAAUCCAGCCAAAGCGGAUGGCCGGCUCAGACCAGGAGACAGACUUAUUAUGGUGAAUGGGUUCUAUGUGACCAACGUGACAGAUGAAGUGGCUAUGGCUAUUCUGAGGUCCUCCUCUAAAAGACUGCACAUGGUUCUUGGCAGAGCUGUGCAAAACCUAUUGCCUCCACCAUCACCAGACACUCUUGAAGACAUAAUCAUAUAUAAGACCCCAUCUGGACAAAUGGGUAUCAAACUGACUGGAGGAAUUGGCAGUAAAUGGCAGGGCAUUUAUGUUCAAGAAGUUGUACCAAACUCCCCGGCCAGUGAGGAGGGCAGCAUUCAGUCAAAUGACAGGAUUGUAUAUAUCAGUGGCAUAUGCACACUGGGAAUGACACUGGAGGAUGCUGUGAAGGCCUGUGAGAAUGCCUCAAGCAAAGUCAGACUCAAAGCCAUGAGGGAUGGUCAACCUGUGACACCUAAGGGCAUAUGGAAAGAUCUGUUAGAAUGGAAGACGGAGAAUUCGCCCUCUUGCCUGGAGGCAGCAGGCUGGUCAGAAGCAGAGGCUGCUCCUGCUGAUGUUCGAUCUGUGGCUGAAAAUGAAGUACCAUGCAGGCACAGGCUCUCCGUAACAUCUGAACUGGAGAGUGGCGUUUUUCAGGUGGAGUUUUCUAAACCAGAAAGAGGUGGCUUGGGCUUUUCCCUGGUGGGCGGGACCAGUGGCAGCAGUCUGCGGGUAAAGGACAUAUGCUGUGGGAGUGUGGCUGAUCAGGACGGCCGACUGCGCGUGGGAGAUAUCAUCUUAGAGGUGAAUGGAGAGAUUGUGUCAGGGCUGAGUCACAGUAAAGUAGUGGAUAUACUGAGGAAAGCAGAGGGGACAGUGCUGCUCACUGUCUACAGAGACCUCCUUCCCAUAACAACCUGCUCCAGCUCCAGCCCUGAGGCCCUUCAGGAGCACACUGCAUCCUGCACCUCGAGAGUAACCUCAGAGCCACAGUUGCAGGAGGAUCACUGGUCUUUCCAGUCUUCAGGGUGUCUUGGGAUAAGGACAGAAAUUGAGCAGGACAGAACAUGUACAGCUAACUGUCAGAGGUAUUGCCCAUCUCUGGGUGUCACUGACAUGGUAUCAGGCAGGACAGACCUCCCAAAGCAGCAUUUAGACAAUUCUACCACAAACAUGGAGCAAAGUCACUCAGAUGGUUGGAGCAGCGAUGAUGAUGAUGAUGAUGAUAAGGAUGAUGAUGAUUACACCUUACAGACUUCCCCUCAACAAACAAUGCCUCACACAGGUCAACCUCUUGUAUCAGAAAAUGAACUGAGCAGCCUUGCCCUGAUCAGGCCACCUAAGAAUGGCCAGUACUUAGGGUCCAGCCUUCAAGAACUUAUUCAGACGCUACAGAAUCAGCUGGACCAGAAGGAGCCGCUUAAAGAGUUUAUGGCCUUAGGACACCUGCAGCCCUCAGACAACUGCAUGGUUGGAAAAGCCCCAGAGAACCGCGAGAAGAACAGAUACAGAGAUAUCCUGCCAUAUGAUAAGACACGAGUUCCCAUAGGAGAGAAGCAGGACUAUAUAAAUGCCAGCUACAUCCGAAUGAAAGUAGGCAUGGAGGAGCUGGUCUACAUCUCCUCACAGGGCCCUCUACCCUGCACCCAAGACUGCUUCUGGCAGAUGGUGUGGGAGAACCAGUCCGAUGUCAUCGCCAUGAUGACCAAGGAAGUGGAGCGCGGCAGGGUCAAAUGCCACAAGUACUGGCCUGAGAAGCUUGACACACCCAUCGAGACCUGCCACUACCAGCUGAUCCUGGAUAACUACCAGAUGCAGGACUACUUCCACAUCAAGGUCAUCAGGAUGGUGGAGAAAAAGACCGGGGCCACCCACUUUGUGAAACAUCUAAAGUUCAUCACGUGGCCAGACCAUGGCACACCGCGCUCCUCCGAGCAGCUAGUGCGCUUCAUCCGAUACAUGCGGGCAGUGCAUUCCACCGGGCCCAUCACAGUCCACUGCAGUGCGGGUGUAGGCCGGGCCGGCGUCCUCAUCUGCACCGAUGUCAUCCUCAGCCUCGUUGAGAAAGACCUCACUAUUAAUGUUAGUGAGAUUGUGAGGGAGAUGCGGCACCAGCGGCACGGGAUGGUUCAGACCAAGGAACAGUACCUCUUCUGUUACAAAGUGUGGCUGGAAGUAUUGCAGAGCAUCUUGCUUCACCAUGGUAACAAACAGCAGGCAAACACCCCCUCAUGAAUGAGCGCCAUUUUUGAGCGGCAGUCUUGUGCUUGUCUGUUUGAGUGGUGCUGAACUGCUGCUGUGCGAGUUAGCUGAUGGUAAUCAUACACACCAAGCCAGGGCUGUUUCAGGGUUGUUCUGAUCAAUUGCUGCACCCUUUUGGUAUUAAAUAUGACACCGGAAGCAUACUAGACAUUUUCAUCAACUGUGAUUACUUCCUUGUGUGAUCCCAUUUAUAUUUUGUGUCAUGUAUCGAUUAUGGCCACUGCUUUCAGGAGCUUGUGGAAAUUUUUCCUUGAAUAUGUAGUCAGUGAAACAUUAUUCAUAUAAAUUAUUUAUUCAUACUUAAUUUAAUGAAAAUGCUUAUAAUUUUGGAAGCAUUUUUGACAAUUUCAGGCAUUAAGAAUUCCAAUGCAUUAUGAUAUUGAAUCUCUGGAAAUUAGAUUUGAAUAUAGAACCUAAAGUCCUAUUUUGCUGGUAUUAUUUAAAUAUUAACAAAAACCAACAAAUAUAUGUGUAUGGUCAAGAAAGGACUCCCAGUAAAAUACACAAAAUUGUAUAUCGUGGUAUUUUAAUCCAGAGUCUGCCUAUCACAAGAAGUUGUAGAAACCACCAUAAUUUGACAUGCUGUCAUCAUAAAGAACCAGCUUUAAGACAGACAUUCUAGGAACUGAAAACUUGAGUAAAGUGCCUUUCAGUUUGUCCAGGGGGGCAGCUUUUGCAAUCUUCGCUCUCACUGAAGUAAGAUAACUCGGUGGCAAGCUACCAAUAGACAAAACAGAAAUGGUUAACCCAAAGAAACAUGGGUGAAUAAACAUGGGUGGCUAAACUGCAUGAGUGACUAAACCAGCAGAGCCUUCCUGUUAGUGUUUAUAGCAUCUCAAGCCUCAGCUGCAGGCAGUGUCCUAUUUGUAGCACAAGGAAUUAGAUCCAUAAAUCAUAACCAGCCUGGGCCCAAAAGACUAUUGGAAGUCUCAGGAUCACUUAGAGCACACGGAUCCUGCCAGUAUCUCAAAAUAUACUUGUUACAUGUUGUCAAAUUCUAAAAAAAAAAAAAAAAAAGGGGGGGGGGGGAAUAAUCCCAUGGCAAAGCUUUUAAUUUUAUUAAUUGUUCUAUGACUAUAGAUUUUUGAGUGAGUUUAUUAUAGGAAAUAUUUUGCUGAUUUAUUGUGAUCAUCUGUUCUAUUUAAAUCUUGGUUUAUUUAAAUAUGAAGCUGAAAUUAAGUGAUUUGUUACUGCUAUGGUAAAUGAACACGUCAGCUAAUAUUUAUCCACUAAUUGUACCGCUAUAAUGUAUUGAUUUCUUUUUUAUCCCCAGUGUGUAGAGAUAUGUUGCUAGUAUUCACAUACACUACUGAUAUGUACUUACAAACUGUGUAUUUGAAAUCUCCAAAGAGUAUUAGCAUCACCAUAUUAAUCUGUUAUAGUCAU